CCCCCCCACCAGAAUAUGUCGUUGACCAACACAAAGACGGGCUUUUCUGUAAAGGACAUUUUGGACCUUCCUGACACAAAUGACGAAGACGGAUCUAUCACCGGAGCGGAGGAAGACACGGAGGGAUCGGAGACCAAGUCCACGACAAAAAACACUGGAGUUUUGGUGCAAAGUCCUCUCGAAAGCGUUCAGAAUCUGCCUUUAAAGAACCCCUUUUAUGACAGUAGUGACAACCCUUACACACGAUGGCUUGCUACUACGGACAGUAUUCAGUAUUCAUUGCACGGUCUAUCCGCCAGCUCUCAGGACUCGGCCAAGUCCCCGGAGCCGUCCGCGGACGACGAAUCGCCGGACAACGACAAGGAAACUUCCAGCAGCGGCGGCAGCGACUCCGGCAAGAAGCGGAAAAGGAGGGUGUUGUUUUCCAAGGCGCAGACCUACGAGCUGGAGCGCCGCUUCAGGCAGCAGAGGUACCUGUCCGCCCCGGAGAGGGAGCACCUGGCCAGCCUCAUCCGCCUCACCCCGACCCAAGUGAAGAUCUGGUUCCAGAACCACCGGUAUAAGAUGAAGAGAGCCCGGGCCGAGAAAGGUAUGGAAGUGACCCAUCUCCCUUCUCCCAGGCGGGUGGCCGUGCCCGUCUUAGUCAGGGAUGGAAAGCCUUGUCACACUCUUAAAGCUCAGGACUUGGCGGCCACUUUUCAGGCCGGGAUCCCCUUCUCGGCUUAUAGUGCCCAGUCACUCCAACACAUGCAGUAUAACGCGCAGUACAGCGCCGCGGCCACGCCACAGUUCCCAGCACAUCACUUGGUGCAAACGCAACAGUGGACUUGGUGA